CAUUGUAGGGGUACCCUUUUGAUGUUUGCACCUCUUGCACUGUUUACCUACAGCAUUUGCUGAAUUGGUGUGCCCUCCACCCAUUACUAAAUUCUGUAUGCUUUUUCUACAGGAGUGAGCACCCAAAAUGUCGUUUACAGACAUUGGUACCUUAACAGCAAGGAAAGCAGAUUCACUGGCCUAUACACAGGCUGAGGUCAAUGACAUUAUUUCAAAAUUCUCCUCUAAUUCCUUUGAUUUAGACACAGAUAAGAACGCCUUGAUGCAGAGACUAGAAUUUUUGUAUAAAAAGGAAAUCAGCUUACAGCUGCAUUCUGAUACUUUAAUUGAAUAUUUGAAAGUAAAAAGGAUACCUAGGGGACUACGACUGGGUAUAAAGCCCACGUUAUGUAAAGAGGACACUACACAUUGUAAAAAUUGGGAGAAGAUCCUCAAUAAGUGCAGUUUGGAUUUGAUGACACUAACAGUGGAAGGAGUUCAAACAAAGCUGAUGAAAUUAAGGGUUGAUAUCAAUGUGGUUAAACAGAAACUACAGGCUGCACUUAAUGAGGGUGAAAUGAACAAUUUUGAAACACAAUUAAGGGAUAUGACAGCUAAGCAUAAAUCUGACCUGCUGAAAGUAAAAAUGGAUAAAUUCAAAAGGGAUACUAUUGACUAUCAGGAGGAAAGGGUGUAUAAUUGGAAGAGACCUUUCAUUAGGAAGAGACAAUAUAGUAAAACACGGUCUGUGGAUAGUGAGGGGGCUAGUGGCUCAGAAAAUUCGGACACUUCCUCUAGUUCUUUUUUAGACAGAGGUACAAGAGGAAAACCAGGAGAGGGAGGAAAAGGAAAGAAAGGAACAAAGGAGCCUGUAGCCUUCCAAAUGUCCACCAGGACGAAAGUACGCUAGUAGUCAAUAUCAGCGCAAGGAUUUUAACGGAUGCCGAGAUGAGUGUUCUCUCCAAAGGUUUGGGGAAACGUCGGACAAUAAUAUGCCACCAUUGGGGAAAAAUAAUGAUGAUGAUGAUGACACACAGGAAACAGAGGAUAUGCAAACAGAAUCUUGGUAUGAUACGACCAAAUG